AUGCCCCUCGACGUUGUUCCCGAAAACGACCUGGAUCGCGAACCCUACAACCAUCGCACUCCAUCUACCCAUCAACAGAUCGAAGCCUGGGUCUCUCACCUCGGUAUUGAGACCUCCCGUCCUGGUACCCCCACCGCCCCCACUGCCCCCACCGCCCCCGGGACUCCUGUCCACACCAUCCAUGGUCUUCGAAAGAAGCAGGCCGGCCACUCUGGGCCGCUCAAAAAGGUCCUCGUCGCCAAUCGAGGCGAGAUCGCCAUCCGUGUGUUCCGUACGGCCCACGAGCUGGCCAUGUCCACCGUCGCCAUCUACUCCCACGAAGACCGCAUGGGUGCCCACAGAUACAAGUCUGACGAGUCAUACCUUGUCGGUAAGGGCCUGAGCCCUGUCGCUGCCUACCUGGACCAGGACGAUAUUGUCAGGCUUGCCGUCGAGCAUGGCGUCGACAUGGUCCACCCUGGGCAAGUUGCUUUCAAUGCCGAAUUUGCUAAAAAGGUCGAGGAUGCCGGUAUCGCCUUCAUUGGCCCUCGCCCAGAGACCAUCGACGCUCUCGGUGACAAGACCAAGGCCCGAAGCCUCGCUAUCAGGACCGGUGUCCCCGUAGUCCCCGGUACUCCAGGUGCUGUCGAGUCUUACGAGCUGGCUGCUGAAUUCAUUCGGGAAUAUGGCUUCCCUGUCAUCAUCAAGGCCGCUAUGGGUGGUGGUGGUAGGGGUAUGCGGGUUGUAAGGGACCAGGAGAGCUUCAAGGAGAGCUUUGAACGAGCCGUCAGUGAAGCCAAGGCUGCAUUCGGCGACGGUACCGUCUUCAUUGAGCGAUUCUUGGACCGACCUCGUCACAUCGAGGUCCAGCUUCUCGCUGAUGCCGAGGGAAACUGCGUCCACCUCUUUGAGCGAGACUGUUCCGUCCAGAGGCGUCACCAAAAGGUCGUCGAAGUCGCCCCCGCUCCCCACCUUGACGAGCCCAUCCGCCAAGCUAUCUUGUCUGAUGCGCUCAAGCUUGCAAGUGCUGUCAAGUACCGUAACGCCGGUACCGCCGAGUUCCUUGUCGACCAGCAGGGUCGCCACUACUUUAUUGAAAUCAACCCCCGAAUCCAAGUCGAGCACACCAUUACAGAAGAAAUCACGGGUAUCGACAUUGUCGCUGCUCAGAUCCAGAUUGCUGCCGGUGUCACCCUUGCUCAGCUUGGUCUCACCCAGGAGCAUAUCCACAGGCGAGGCUUUGCUAUUCAGUGUCGUAUCACCACUGAAGACGCCGCUGCCGGCUUCCAGCCUGACACUGGCAAAAUUGAAGUGUACAGGUCUGCCGGUGGUAACGGUGUGCGAUUGGACGCGAGCUCUGGUUAUGCUGGCGCGCAGAUCACUCCCCACUACGACUCUUUGCUUGUCAAGUGCUCAGUGAGCGGUGCCACCUAUGAGGUUGCCAGAAGAAAGAUGCUUCGAUCUUUGGUCGAGUUCCGAAUUCGAGGUGUCAAGACCAACAUCCCCUUCCUGAUUCGUCUCCUCACCCAUGAGGUGUUUGAAUCCGGCAAGACUUGGACUACCUUUAUCGACGACACCCCCGACCUUUUCAAGCUUGUGCUCUCUGCCAACCGUGCCCAGAAGCUUCUCGCCUACCUCGGUGACAUCGCCGUUAACGGCUCCUCCAUCAAGGGCCAGUCCGGUGAGCCUGGUCUCAAGACCGAGGCCAUCAUCCCCACCAUUGUCGACGCCCAGGGCAAGCCCUGUGACACCAGCAAGCCUUGUCUGACUGGAUGGAGAAACAUCAUCGUCGAGCAAGGUCCCGAGGCUUUCGCCAAGGCCAUCCGAAACUAUAAGGGCUGUCUUAUUAUGGACACCACCUGGCGAGACGCCCACCAGUCCCUUCUCGCGACCCGUCUGCGUACUGUCGAUAUGGCCAACAUUGCCCGAGAAACCUCCCACGCUCUCCAGAACGCCUACUCUCUUGAAUGCUGGGGUGGUGCCACUUUUGAUGUUGCUAUGAGGUUCUUGUACGAGGACCCCUGGGCGAGGCUGAGAACUUUGCGAAAGUUGGUUCCCAAUAUUCCUUUGCAGGCUCUGGUUCGAGGUGCCAACGCUGUUGGAUACACCUCUUACCCCGACAAUGCCAUCUACGACUUUUCCAAGAAGGCCGUUGAGGCUGGUCUCGACAUCUUCCGAGUGUUUGACUCUCUCAAUUAUGUUGAAAACUUGAAGAUUGGUAUCGACGCCGCCAAGAAGGCUGGUGGUGUGGUUGAGGGUACCAUCUGUUACUCUGGUGACGUGGCCAACCCAAAGAAAACCAAGUACACCCUUCAGUAUUACCUUGACCUCACUGACCAGCUUGUCAAUGAGGGAAUCCACGUUCUUGGUAUCAAGGACAUGGCUGGUCUGCUCAAGCCCGAGGCUGCCAAGAUGCUCAUUGGCGGCAUCCGAAAGGCUCACCCUGACCUUCCUAUCCACGUCCACUCUCACGACACUGCGGGUAUCGCUGCCGCCAGUAUGAUUGCAUGUGCUGCCGCUGGUGCCGACGUCGUCGACGUUGCCAUUGACGACCUUUCCGGCCUCACUUCCCAGCCUGCCAUGGGUGCCGUCGUCGGUGCUCUCGAGCAAAGUGGUCUCGGUACCGGUAUCUCGCACGAGAACAUCCAGGCCUUGAACCAAUACUGGUCACAGAUCAGGAAGCUCUAUCAGUGCUUCGAAGCCAACGUCCGUGCUUCCGACUCUGGUGUCUUUGACCACGAGAUGCCUGGUGGCCAGUACACCAACCUGCAAUUCCAAGCUUCUUCGCUUGGUCUUGGUACACAGUGGUUGGAUAUCAAAAAGAAGUACAUUGAAGCCAACAAACUCUGUGGCGACAUUGUCAAGGUCACCCCGUCAUCCAAGGUCGUUGGUGACUUUGCCCAGUUCAUGGUUUCCAACAACCUCUCCGCUCAAGACGUCUACGACCGUGCCGGCACCCUCGACUUCCCUUCGUCUGUCGUGGAAUUCUUCCAGGGUUACCUUGGUCAGCCGUACGGCGGCUUCCCCGAGCCUCUUCGUUCCCAAAUUAUCCGGGACAAGCCUAGGAUCGACGAACGCCCUGGCUUGAACAUGCCCCCUCUUGAUUUCAAGAAGAUCAAGAUCGAGUUGAGGGAAAAGUACGGCCCUCAUAUCUCUGACUUUGAUGUCGCCAGUUACUACAUGUACCCCAAGGUCUUUGAGGAGUUCCAAGGCUUUGUUGCCAAGUAUGGCGACCUCAGUGUCGUCCCUACUCGGUACUUCCUCGCCAAGCCCGAGAUCAACGAAGAGCUUUCCAUCUCUAUCGAACCCGGAAAGGUGCUUACUAUCAAGCUCUUGGCUAUCGGUCCUUUGGACCAAUCCCGAGGUACACGAGAGUGCUUCUUCGAGCUCAACGGUGAGACUCGAGCCGUCGUCAUCAACGACACCAAUGCCGCCAUCGAGCACGUCUCCAGGGAGAAGGCUUCUAGCGACCCCGGAAGCGUCGGCUCGCCCAUGUCUGGUGUUGUGGUCGAUGUCCGGGUCAAGGAGGGACAAGCCGUCAAGGCUGGUGACCCCUUGUGUGUCCUGUCGGCUAUGAAGAUGGAGAGUGUCGUGUCGAGCCCAGUGUCCGGUACAGUAAAGAGGGUGCUCGUCGGAGAGAACGACUCUAUCGGUCAGGGUGACUUGGUGGUCGAAGUGACGCACUAG